UGUAUAUCAAAGAGUUUUUGGAUUUACUAAAUGUGUUGAAACAGUCACGGAUGGAAGCAGAACAUGUUGCUAAAUAUACUGAUGAGCUGAAUGCCGCCCUACGGAAAGAAGGCUUACAGAUAAAAAAUCCACCGACCCCUGGGGACGGCAAUUGCUUGUUUCACGCUCUAAGUGACCAGAUGAGUGGGAAACUAAAUAUCCUCCAAGACGUUCUGGAUCAUCUGAUGUUACGACAGAUAGUAAUUGAUUACAUGAUAAAUUCUAAAGAAAAUCUUGAGGAUCUUGUGAGUGCAGAUCUCCUGGACAUGAAAUUGAGCUGGGACGAAUAUAUUGAGAAUAUGAGAAAACCAGGUGUAUGGGGUGAUCAAAUUGUGCUUACAGUUGUUGCAAUAAUGACAAACACUGUAAUUAAGCUAGUUUCACCGACUUUUACAAGAGUGAUCCGUCCACCUGAAUCGGGUACUGACACUAUGUAUUUAGGGUAUAUACCUCAUUUACAUUUUUUGUCUGUUAAUCCUGUUGCAG